AUGGAGAUCCCAGCGACCCACUAUGCAGCCUCCAGGGCUGCCUCGGUGGCAGAGAACUGCAUCAACUAUCAGCAGGGGACCCCCCACAAGGUGUUCCAAGUGCAGACGGUCCAGCAGGCCAGCAAGGAGGAUAUUCCGGGAAGAGGACACAAGUAUCACCUUAAAUUUUCUGUGGAAGAAAUUAUCCAAAAACAAGUUACAGUGAACUGCACAGCCGAAGUUCUUUACCCUCAAAUGGGACAAGGGACUGCACCAGAGGUCAACUUCACAUUUGAAGGAGAAAUUGGCAAGAACCCAGAUGAAGAAGAUAACACAUUUUAUCAAAGACUUAUGUCUAUGAAGGAACCACUACAAGCACAAAACAUUCCAGACAGUCAUGGAAAUGUGUCUCCACAAAUGAAGCCAGUUCGCCACUUAGCCUGGGUGGCCUGCAGUUAUAUAAUGUGGCAGAAUUCUACUGAAGAUACGUGGUAUAAAAUGGCACAAAUUCAAACCGUCAAGCAAGUGCCAAGAAAUGAUGACUUCAUUGAAUUAGACUAUACCAUUCUACUCCAUGACAUUGCAUCACAGGAGAUUAUUCCCUGGCAAAUGCAAGUUUUGUGGCAUCCACAAUACGGCACAAAAGUAAAGCACAAUAGCCGUCUCCCGAAGGAAGCAGGAGCAGAGUAAACAAAGACCCUAAGACCCAGAUGAAAUGGAAACAUGUUCCUAAUGAUGUGGAUGACUGUCCUCAUUGGCAUCUAGCCUAAUAAGCCAAGUAAAUCCCACAGUGUCUCUUUGUUUGUCUUGGCUACAGCUCCAAGCUGCAUAGAUUCCAUAAUAAUAAAGAGUGUUACUACAUAAAGAUGUCUUUCCAACAGUAACAGUACUAUGUAUAUCCCCUAAUAAAAAGUCCACUUCAGUCCCA